CGGGGGCGCCGGCGCUGGGUGGGGAGCGGAGCGGGGCCGGGGGUGCCGAUGUGGUCCCCGGGACGGGAGGCCGAGGUGCCGGCGGCGGGGGAGCCGGCGGGGCUGCUGCCCCCGGAAUGGGAGGAGGACGAAGAGCGCAUGUCCUUCCUCUUCUCCGCCUUCAAGAGGAGCCGCGAGGUCAACAGCACCGACUGGGACAGCAAAAUGGGCUUCUGGGCGCCGCUGGUGCUGAGCCGCAGCCGCCGCCAGGGGGCGGUGCGUCUGCGCCUGCGCGACCUGCAGGAAGCCUUCCAGCGCAAGGGCAGCGUCCCGCUCGGCUUGGCCACCGUGCUGCAGGACCUGCUGCGGUGAGGCAGUGUGCAGCGGGAGUCUGACUUCAUGGCGAGCGUGGACAGCAGCUGGAUCUCCUGGGGGGUGGGGGUCUUCCUGCUGAAGCCCCUCAAGUGGACUCUGUCAAUGAUACUGGGGGACAACAAGGGUCCCCCGCAAGAGGAGGUCCUGGUGGCCGUGGAGCUGCUUAAGGAGAAGGCAGAGGAGGCGUAUCGUCUGUAUCAGAACUCCCCGCUCUCCUCCCACCCCGUGGUGGCCCUGUCCGAGCUGAGCACGCUCUGUGCAAGUUCCUGUCCGGAUGAGAGGACUUUCUAUCUGCUGCUGCUCCAGCUGCAGAAGGAGAAGAGAGUCACCGUCCUGGAACAGAACGGCGAGAAGAUUGUGAAGUUCGCCCGCGGUCUGCAUGCCAAGGUCUCCCCGGUAAACGAUGUGGACGUGGGGGUGUAUCAGCUGAUGCAGAGCGAGCGGCUGCUGUCACGCAAAGUGGAGUCCUUGUCCCAGGAAGCCGAGAGGUGUAAGGAAGAUGCCCGACAGGCCUGCCGAGCCGGGAAGAAGCAGUUGGCGCUGAGGUGUCUAAAGUCCAAGCAGCGGACAGAGAAGCGCAUCGAGGCGUUGCAUGCCAAGCUGGACACAGUUCAAGGAAUCCUGGAUCGGAUCUACGCGUCCCAGACAGAUCAGAUGGUUUUCAACGCCUAUCAGGCCGGCGUGGGAGCGCUGAAACUGUCUAUGAGAGACGUCACCGUGGAGAAGGCGGAGAGCCUGGUGGAUCAGAUUCAAGAGCUGUGCGACACCCAGGACGAAGUGGUGCAAACCCUGGCAGGAGUGGGAAUCAACGGCUUGGAUACUGACAGUGAAGAAUUGGAGAAGGAACUGGACAUCCUCCUCCUCCAGGACGCCACCAAAGAACCCCCGGACCUGCCCGACGUCCCCCACAAGCCGCUUCCCCCUGCCGCCCUGCCUCUCCCCAACAUCUCCGACGCCGAGUUGGAAGCCGAGCUGGAGGAGCUGUCCCUGCAGGGGGGAGAUUUGGUGCCAAGCAGCCCGUCACCCAAGAGGUUCCUGGAACCGACUCUCUAAUGCCCUCCCAGGACCCUCAGUGAAUGAGAGACCCAUGCGUAUGUGUGUGUGUACAUAUUUAUUUAAAAAAGAAACUCUCCAGAAUUUUGGAGGGAAGAGACUGCUCGGUCGCAGCGGCCGCGGCCGCCACUUGCUCCGGGACGGAAGUCGUUUCAGGAAGCGACGCUCCGAAAGCCCUGCUCCUGGCCGGUGUCGCGGACCUCUCCGUCUGCUCAUCUUUCUAGUGCCGCAAUCUAUACUGUCUGUGUUUGACUUAUUGUCCCAUAUAGCCUUGCAGGCCUUGCCACUGGCCACUUAGGUUUGUCUUCACCCACCGACUCCCGUGAGGAGCCGGUCCCCGGCCAGCCGAGGUAAGAGACCCGCGGCCUUUCCGGAUGGAAGACGGGUUUUCGCCUCGGAGGCUCGAGGCGUCGGUCUCGCCGACGCCCGGGGCCCCGAGCUCCGUCGGGCGUCUUCGCGCCGCCCCGCCCGGGUUUCGGCCGAGGGGGAGCGGCGGGCCUCGGCCGGGUCGUGCUCGUGGGAUGUCGCCGCCGUCACUUCGGGGGGCCGAGGGGAAGGCGGUUGCCCGCGUUUCCUCCGUCUUCCUCCGUGGUGUCACCGCACCCAGUGGAGUGGCUCUCCCGGGCCCGGCCCGCUCAGCGGACGCGACUGCUGCCGCCUCAUCUCUCCCCCCUCGCCGUGGGGAGAGGACCGCUCGGCCUUCGAGACGGGGAGCUUUAGGGUCCCGGGAAGGCCGACGUCGCUUCGCGCGUUCCCCUCGUCGCCGUGAAGUGCUUUCCCGCCGCCUCUGGGGUUAAACCGGCCAGCUGACGCUCGGCGAGGGAAAGUUCGUUGCUUAGAUUUCAAAAGCAUCUCCCCUUGGAGGCCUCUGCUCCAGCGGGGGAGCUGGGCCAGCCAGUGCAAUAGAGGCAGGGUUGCCGGGGCCGGCUGAAAUACCGGCGUCGGCCUCCGCUUCCCUCCCCCCCCCCCCCCCCCGGUCGAUCACCACGUCCGCUGCCCGCUGGAGCCCCACCUGGCCCCCGCGUUCCCGCCUCCGCCCCUCGGUUAAUCCGUCGGGCUGGAGCCGGGGUCGGGUCGGGGUCCGAACGAGCGAGUACCGGGAAGACGACUGCCACGUUGCCACUUAGGCCGCGAAAGCACAAGGAUCCUUUCCUGAAGAUUUUCACCUUUAUCCCACCCGCCGCGGGGCCUCAGGACGCGAGAGGAAGGGGGAGGGGGCAGAGUCCGCUCCGGGGCAGGAGGGGAAAUCUGCCGGAUUUCUCUCCUUCGCUGCCUGGUCAACGGAAGAGUUGGGGUGAAGAGAAACGAUCACUGACUUUUUUUUUUUUUCUUUUCUAUCCGGUGUAUAAUUAAAAAAAAAAUGAAGAUCCUA